AGUCAACAUCAGGAAAAAUCAUUAUCAAUUAUCAGUGGAACUGAUAUCACUGCAAUCGAGUUAAAAGAUCUUAGAACUUUAAAAUUACCGCAAGAACCAGUGUUAUUUAAUGGUACAAUGAG